ACCGAACAUCGAUAGUACCGAAUAGAUAUCGAUGUAGUUCCAUCUCUAAUAGUCGUGGAAUUCGGAACAUAAAUUUGUAUUUUUUACGUCGCGUCGCCCCAGAAAGUCCGAUCCAAAAGCAAAUCGCGCGUUUUCCAAAGAAUAACCCCGAAAAUUUCGAAAAUAAUAAUUUUCUUGUUUUUUUUUUCUGUUUUCCUGCGGCAAUAAUUCCAUUUUUUUUCGUAACAUCAAAACAACAACAACAAGAAAAGUGCGUGCGCGUGCAGAAGCGAAAAAAAACGAAUAAAUUGUGGGCGAAUCAACAAGCAAAAGAGAAUGAGCGAUGAUGAGGAGAAGAGGCAAAAAAAGCAGAGGCAGUUGUCGUAGUACUAGUACCAAAAAGAAACUGCGAAAACUGCUAAAGUGACAAAAACAACGCCAACAACAACAAGUAACGAAAAAUAAAAGGAAAAGAAGGUAAAAAGCAAAACGGAGAAUAAAAAUAAGCGCAAAAAUAUACGUCUACAAAAAAGCAGCAGCAGCAACAACACAAAAAUUAACUUAAAAAAGUCGUGAAUAUAUAUACAUAUAUAUAUAUAUAUAUAUAUAUAAAUAUCAACACACACACAUAGAGUGAGAGCGAGAGAGCGUGCGUUAUUUAUUUUAUAUUUUCGUUAAUCAUUUUUCGCAUUUUGUGAAACAAGUUGGAAAAGCGACAAUACAAAAUACAACAGCAACAACAAUAGCAGCAGUAAGCAGUUUGCACCACUUGAAAGAGAUCUGCCAUCAGAAGCCGGAAGCGAUGAGCGAUUGCUGCACAUAACGCCGGCCACUCUGACAUUGGACUUCAAGCCCCAUCCCGCCGUGGAUAUCGAUCAGCAGAUCAUGGAGCUCAAGAAGAGCCAGGAGCUGCAGAAGCAGCGGCUUAUCAACUCGUUUCAGGAGCAAUCGAAGCAAAUGGAAUUGGAGCAUAAACUCCAACUGGAGCACAAGUAUCAAUUUGCGGUGAAUUCACAUGGCGCUUUCCAGGAAUUGCGAAACGAGAGCAUGGUGACAGCCGCCGCUGCUGCGGCCGCUGCGGUGGCUCAGGAGCAGCAUCGCCAGCAGUUGCAUCAACAUCAGCAGCAGCAGCAGCAACACCAGCAGCAGCAGCAGCAGCAGCAACAGCAUCAGCAGCAGCAGCAGCAACAGGCGCGGGGCAGGGAUGGCAUGAAACUCAAGCAGAACUGUAGUGCCAAUGCCAGUCCCGAGGUCAAACAGAUUCUCAACUGCUUCAUCUUGAGCAGGAAGUCGCAGGCGGCGGCUUCGAAUGGCACAACGACAACGUCGCCCUACAGGAAUCGCGGCGUGGUGAAGAGCUCCUCGGGCGAAUCCCUCCCAGCUGGAACCGUGACCAGUGCGCAUCCGUACAAAAUACCUCAGCCGCCCCCCUCACUGCUCAAAUAUGAAUCUGAUUUUCCGCUGAGGAAGACAGCAUCCGAACCCAACCUGCUGAAGAUCCGGCUGAAGCAGAGCGUCAUCGAGCGCAAGGCCCGCAUCGGAGGACCGGCGGGAGCCCGGCGCCACGAACGACUCCUCCAGGCGGCGCAGCGCAGGCAGCAAAAGAACUCGGUUCUCACAAACUGCAACAGCACACCGGACUCUGGACCCAACUCGCCGCCCUCGGCAGCCGCGUUGGCGGUGGGCGUGGUCGGAAGCCGUGGAUCCCCGACAAGUGCACCCAUCCAGGAGGAGAACGAGGAGGGGAGCCAAUAUCAGCCGGGCCAGAGGAGCAGCAUCAACGAUUUGCCACUGUUCAGCUCGCCCUCGCUGCCGAAUAUUUCGCUCGGGCGACCGCAUUUACCCAACUCGGCGCAGGCGCAUGCCCAGGUGAAUGCCCAGGUGGCUGCCCAAGCUCAGGCUCAGGCACAGGCCCAGGCACAGGCUCAGGCGCAUGCCAUGUUCGCGGCACUGGCUGCCGCCCAGGGAGGCUGCGGACAGCCGGGCUACUACAAUCCAUUGGGCAUGGCAUUCGUUGGCCGCCAACCAGCACCGCUGGCCAUGAUUCCGGCCACGGGGAUAGCUCCACAGCAACCGUCGCCGGUGGUGCGCAGUGCAUCGGCCACCUCGACAUCGUCGUCGCAGGCCUCCCUGGUGGGCGAUGUGGCGCCACCGCAGGCCCAUGCCGCCUCCACCAUUCUGCCCUCGUCGUCGUCCUACAUGCAGCAAUUGGGCAGCGUGGCCGGUUCGGGGGUUAAUCUCCACGCCGCCGCCGUGGCUGCAGCGGCAGCAGCAGCAGCCGCCGCCGGAUCAUUGCCACCUACCAAUAGCCAUGGUCACGGACACGGACACGGCUCCCACGCACAUGCCCAUGGGCACGGACAUGGUCAUGGCCUCUACGCAGGCCAUCAGCACAAUGUGCCCAUCACGGACGCCCAGGUGGCGCAGGUGCAUCUCCACAAACAGGGCCACCGGCCGCUGGGACGAACGCAGUCGGCGCCACUGCCCCUUGGUCAUCCGAUGCUAACCGGAGCUGUGCAGUUGAAUGUGGUCCAAACGCACUAUGAGAAUAGUGAGGCGGAGCGCCAGGCGUACGAGCAUCAGGUGGUGAACCAGAAAGUCCGUCAGACUGUCCUGACUCGCAGCGGAGCUGCUGCAGCAGCCGCUGCUGCCGCCGGCGUGAGCGUGGUGCGUGAGGCACAGCUGAAGGAGGAGGACGAUGACUCGGCCGCCGAGGUAAUGGACCUCACAGACAAGAAAAAACCGCCGAAGACGGUGCUGACCAGCACGAUAGCCACCAGUACGUCCCAGAAUCUGCCCGAAGCUUUAGCGGCGGCGGCGGCAGCAGCCGCCUACCGUGCCCCGCACACCACGUCCAGUAACUCCGCCUCCGCCACAAAGUCCGGCAUUAAGCUGCGGGACCAGGAGUAUCUGCAACAGCAGCGGGAGCAGCUAUUGCUGCUUCAGCAGGAGGAAGAACUGGCGAAGAGCAUAAUGCGUCCGCUCUCGCGAACGCUUAGCAGUCCGCUGGUGCCGCUGGGGCCGCAUGGUCUUAGCCAGAUUCCCGACACUGGACAGCAGCCGGCACCGAUAGCCACAUCCUCGUCGGCCGAUCAUAUACCGCCCGUGAACCUCUCGCUGCCGCAUCGCCAGCACCGCCAGCUAAUGAGCACCAUAUACGUCAGCCAAUUGCGUAACCACCAGACAUCGGCGAGUGGUUCACCGCCGCACAAGGUCACCACCGGUUUGGCCUACGAUCCGCUUAUGCUGAAGCACUCGUGUAUUUGCGGAGACAAUGCCCAGCAUCCGGAGCACAGUGGUCGACUGCAGAGCGUUUGGGCACGGCUAAAUGAAACGGAUCUGGUGAAGCGUUGCGAUCGCCUGCGCGCUCGCAAGGCGACACAGGAGGAGCUGCAGAGUGUGCACACAGAAGCGCAUGCUAUGCUCUUCGGAUCGAAUCAGUGCCAGCUGAGCAGGCCCAAGUUGGAGAACACAUUGUCGGCCAGCUUCGUUCGCCUAUCGUGCGGUGGUUUGGGUGUGGAUCUGGAUACCACGUGGAAUGAGCACCAUACGGCAACCGCUGCCCGAAUGGCCGCUGGUUGUGUUAUCGAUUUGGCGCUGAAAACGGCCAAGGGUGACCUGCGGAAUGGCUUUGCCGUUGUACGGCCGCCGGGCCAUCAUGCGGAGGCCAAUCUGGCCAUGGGCUUCUGUUUCUUCAAUUCGAUCGCCAUUGCGGCCAAGCUGCUCCGUCAGCGGAUGCCCGAAGUGCGGCGCAUCCUCAUCGUCGAUUGGGAUGUGCAUCACGGCAAUGGCACACAGCAAGCAUUCUACCAAAGUCCCGACAUUCUAUAUCUUUCCAUACAUCGACACGAUGACGGUAACUUCUUUCCCGGCACAGGUGGACCCACAGAGUGCGGCUCCGGUGCUGGUCUCGGCUUUAACGUGAACAUCUCAUGGUCUGGGGCACUUAAUCCGCCACUGGGCGACGCCGAGUAUAUCGCUGCAUUCCGUACCGUUGUGAUGCCCAUCGCGCGGAGCUUUAAUCCGGACAUUGUGCUGGUAUCCUCCGGCUUCGAUGCGGCCACCGGCCAUCCGGCACCGCUGGGUGGCUACCAUGUCUCUCCGGCCUGCUUUGGGUUCAUGACCCGCGAACUACUUCAGUUGGCCAAUGGCAAAGUGGUGCUGGCCCUUGAGGGUGGCUACGAUCUGGCCGCCAUCUGUGAUUCCGCCCAGGAGUGUGUGCGGGCGCUGCUCGGCGAUCCCGCUGCUCCCAUAGCUAAGGCCGAGCUGGAGCGUCCGCCCUGCCAGAACGCCAUCAAUACGCUGCAGAAGACGAUAGCCAUUCAGCAAACGCACUGGCCCUGCGUGAGAAUGCUGGAGCACACGGUGGGCUUGUCUGCGCUGGAGACGCUCAAGGUGGAGCACGACGAGUCCGAGACGAUCAACGCCAUGGCUGGCCUCUCGAUGCAGUCGAUGCACAGAACACUAUCCCGCGAUGAUUCCGAGGAGCCGAUGGACCAGGACGAAACCAAAUAGAAGGCGAUGCAGACGUAUAAUGGGGACAAGAAGGCGGUGGGCGUGGGGAGGAUUUGUGGACGUGGUAGUGGGAAUGGCAAGGGGGCGUGGCCGCAAGCUGCUCAAUGCACAUUUAGUUAUUUGUUGUAGUUAAAUUGAUUGUUGUUGCUGUUGUUGUUGUGGCGCUCGCUUGCAAUUGUUGUCGUUGUCAUUGAUCGUCUAUAGCCACAUCUAUCUCUCUCACUCGAUCGAUUAUAGUAUCCCAACACCGCUCUUCCCCCCCCCCCCCCACACACACACACACACACACACACAAAUGCGAAACAUCGAAAAUAUAAAUAUAGUAGGGGAACAUGUCUAAAAGAAGCAGAACAGGGCCUAAAGUUCAAAAUGGUGGCUGUGCCUCCAAAAGAAGAAAUAAUUAUAAUAAUUAGAAAAGAACCCUUUCCAUAAAGGGAGAUUUUAUAUGAAUAUAUAUAUGAAUAAUAUAUAUAUAUAGCAUAAGGCCAGAAUUUAGUUGUAGAAGUCAUCGAGAUUUUUUUUUUUUUUUUUUUUGUUCUAAGGUGAGAGCAGAGGUAUUUUGACGCACACACAAACACACGCAACUCAAUGUAUCUUAUUAUUAUUAUUAUUAUUAAGGUAAGUGUGUCAAAGGAUAUAGAACCACUAACAUACUGGUAAAUCAGUAAACUACACAGUUAAAGUUUAUAGAGGUCGGUUGCAAGAAGCGCGUGUUUUUUAGUUAAGGUUCAACCUCAAAGUUUCCCAAGUCUAGACCCCACCACGCCCACUUAUCCCUCCACCACAUAAUAAAAGAUCGAGGGGGAGAGGAUAACAUGUUAUGUAGAAUGCUUUAGUUGAUAAAAUAUAUAAGAGAACUAACAACUAAUGAGUUGAAUGAAAAGCGGAAAAACUGAGAAAUCUUUUUGUACAAUUUAUAGUUUAGUGCAAGUUUCAAGUACAACAUGCUAUUAUUUAAAUGCUAUUAUAUAAAUAUAUAUAUAUUUAAAUAUAUAUAAAUAUAUAUUGUGCAAUAAAUGUGAGAAAAUGAAAAUCGCCACACAAAACAGAAACUAAAACUAAAACGAAUAAGAGAAAUUUGUUGUUAAAUGUUGCCGAGAUCUUAUAUACGUAUGUAUACCUAAUAACUGUUACAAUAAUAACCAUUUAUAUAUAUAAAUGCACAUGUGUAUUCACCGUGUGUGUAACGAUAACGAUGUUCAACAAAUGUCUGAAAUGAAGUAAAACUAUUAUUAUAUGUAAAUAAAACACAAAACAAAGAGAACAAUUUUAAUAAAAAAACAACAACCACAAUAUACAAAAUCCGAAUAAACAUCCAUGCUCACACACACACUUACGUCCUGGGCAGGACCCGAAAGGCGUGAAUCGGGAAAAUUCUGGGAUAACCGUUCAACCGCUAACCGUUAAGUGUAAAACCGCUGUAACUGUAUUUGUAACCGUGUACCUUUAGCUGUCUAUAGCCGUCUCUCUCUAACUCGCUACCUAACUGUAAAGGAGCGCCUUAGAAACGAAAGAAGGAGUAACAGACAAGGAUCAAAAAUAUAGCAGGAGAAAAGGAUGAUGAUGAUGGGGAGUAACAAGAAAAAAAGCACAACGAGAGAUGGAGCGAUUGGCUCCAACUGGAUGAAACAAUUGUUAACAAAUCGAAACAGAAACUAAAAUCUAUCCUUAUAAAAAUGAAAUCGCAAAUGUAACUAUUAAUCUAAGCAAAGAAGAUCCCAUUGCCAGGAUUUUAUUUUUUUCCUUUUCAACGCUGAAUAGAUUUUGAAAAACUAUUUUUUUUAACAUAAGCUGUUUCGUAUGAAAACAUCGUAAUUGCUGUUUCUUAGGAAAAUAGAUAAGAAUUUUUAUUGGGUUCCAAGAGCGUUACGAAUCGCUCUGGAACUUUGUGUUAUAUCUGUGUUUUUUUUAAUUUUCUUUUUAUUGUUUGGCAAUGACUAGACCUUUUUUUAUCCUUCCUUCGUUUUUAUCCUUCCUGGUUCUUUUUUCUUACUUAAACACGAAUUAUUAAGCGAAUUAUAAUAACAAGAUGAAAUAUUAUUGUUGCACAGUGCAAAAAAAUUAAAAUAAAUAAUUCCGUAAGCUGAGAAAUAGUAAAAUAAUGGUUUUAGCAAAAUGAAAACGAAAUCAAAUAUUUAUAUUUUGUUUAUUGCUGCACAAAUAAGUCCAAGAAACGAGAAACAACAAAAAAAAAACAAUUAAGAGUAAUGUUGUGUGUCGCUUUUUCUAAAUGAAAUAAAACAAAGAAAUCGUAAACAGAAUUU